AGGUUAGGCCACUGAAAUGAAAAUCUCACAACAUACUCUAUUAUAAAUUGCCAGUGACAGACCAAAGCAACAACAUUCGAAGUGAAGCAAGCUUGUGUUUUCUAGAGACAUUAUUAAUUUUAGUAUUCCAUGGCGAGGUCAAGCAAUCUUCUUUGUUUGAUGAUCUUGUAUGCUACCGCUCUCAAUCUAAGUGGAUGCUACGCAGUGGAGCUGUCAUCAAAGAAACUAUUGUUUGUGUUCGGAGACUCACUCUUCGAUCCUGGCAACAAUCAGUACCUCAAUAAUUCAGUGGAAAGCCCAGGAACAUAUUGGCCUUAUGGUAUGAGUAUGAAUAACAAAUCCACUGGCAGAAUAUCGGAUGGCCUUCUGGUUCCUGAUUUUAUUGCCAUAUUUGCAAACCUUUCAGUGGAUCCACCAUGCAUGCAACCAGGAGCUGAUUUAACCAAUGGGGUUAACUUUGCUUCUGCUGGAUCUGGUGUUCUAGGAGAGAGUAAUGGAGGGGUGAUGAAUUUUAAUACACAGUUGGCGAAUUUCAAGAAGGUGGUGAAUUUAUUAGUAGGAAAAAAAGGUGAAGAAGAAGCCAAGAAGAUUUUAAGGAGCUCUGUGUACUUGUUCAGCAUGGGAGGCAACGAUUACUUUAGGUAUAACAUGCAGUACUCAAAUUCCACCACAUCUGAAAGAGUAGCAUACAUGAGGACGGUGGUAGGCAACUUGACAAAUGGGUUCAAGGAAAUAUAUGCAAUGGGAGGAAGGAAAUUUGCGAUCCAGAACGUUGGACCAUUAGGCUGCUUGCCAUCGACAAAAGCAAAUUACCCUGAAUCGAACGGUACUUGUGUUAAGAAUUUCUUAACACACCCAAAACUACAUAACAAAGCUCUAUCUAUUAAGCUUAACAAGAUGGCCAAGGAAUUACCAGGAUUCAAAUACUCGAUCAUGAAAUACUACUACACUCUCAGUGACAGAAUAAAAAAUUCUGCAAAAUAUGGUCUCAAGGAAGGGAAAGUUGCAUGUUGCGGCAGUGGGCUAUAUAAUGGACGUGAUUGUGGAAAAGGAUCAUACAAUUUAUGCAAGAAUCCAAGUGAAUAUGUGUUCUUUGAUGGCGGCCAUACGACUCAGAACACAAAUCGGCAGCUUGCAGAGCUACUAUGGAGUGGGGAACCAAGUGUUACUGGGCCUUAUAAUGUGAAGCAACUAUUUGAGCUUCCUUGAUUUCAUUAUUUUAUUAUAUUUGCACCCAUAUUGAUAGAUAGUGAAUAAAUUAUCAUCUCUUUUCGUUUGCUUUA